UUUCAAUUCAGUCUUGGCGUCUCGGAUUUCAAGUCACCCCUGAACCAAGAGAGUCCGGUCUUGCAAGCUGCGGAGAUCGUUUCCCUGUGGCUUCAUCGCAACCAUAGGAGGUUCUCGCAUGCCGACGCCACCGAGCCAGACUCCGGUCGCAUUACGAUCCUAGAAGGCGAUGGCCGUCGGAAAGCUAUGGCCUAGUCGUGCGGCGGAUGCAGAGGCUCCGAUCUUUCUGGAGUGGAGAUCCUCCAGCGCCUUUAUUAUCUUCGUGGUGGUGUUUGCGGUUUUCACGGAUAUUUUGCUCUACGGACUGAUUGUUCCGGUGACCCCGACUGCUCUGCACGAGCGAGUCGGUCUAUCCCAGGGUGAAGAGCAACGAUGGACAUCUAUCUUGCUGGCUUUGUACGGAGCUGCGCUGCUGGCUUUCUCGCCGAUCGCAGGCUAUAUCGCCGAUAAGAUUCAAUCUCGGUGGUGGCCUCUUAUGGUCGGUUUGAUUGCCCUGGGUGCUGCGACUGCUCUCCUCUGCGUUGGUACUCAUAUGGGCCUUUGGGUGGCCGGUCGUCUUUUCCAGGGAGCCUCUGCGGCCGUGGUGUGGACGGUGGGAUGCGCUCUUCUUGUUGACACGGUCAGCAAGGAUGAACUAGGUCAGGCCAUGGGAUACAUCGGGAUGGGCAUGACCCUGGGGAUCAUGGGCGGCCCGCUUCUGGGAGGAGUCAUCUACGAGCACGGGGGAUACUAUGCGGUGUUCGGGUUAGCCUUUGGCCUGGUCGGGCUGGAUAUUGUGUUUCGACUGAUCAUGAUUGAGAAGAAGCACGCUGCACGAUGGCUCCCACCUGACAGCGCCAAACAGAAAGAGAAAAAGAAAUCCCAGGAUAGCGAGACGACCCAAGAUUCCGUUAAGAGUGACGGUCAACAUUCGCCUGACACGUUACAGCCUCCUCCGCCUUCAUCGUCUGGACACUCGUCGAAUACCCAGUCCGUUCCAAAGCCCGAUGCAACUCCCGAUCAGUCGUCAGCCACACGACCUCGGAAAGGAGCCCUCGGAGCUCUACAGCAUCUACUGGCAUCCGAGCGCAUGCUCGCCUCCCUAUGGGCCUAUUUCAUUACCUCCGUCAUAUUAACCUGCUUCGAUAGCGUCCUGCCCCUCUACGUCGAGGAGACGUUCGGCUGGGAACAGACCGGCCAGGGACUGAUCUUCAUUCCCUUGUCGGUUCCUCAUAUCCUCGAUCCCCUGGUCGGGUAUGUCAUCGACACGUACGGUAAUUCCCGGCGCUACCUGGCAGGCGUGGCGCUCAUCGCCAGCGUUCCGAUCCUGGUACUUCUGCGAUUCGUCACCUACAACUCUAUGGGCCAGAAAGUGCUUCUCUGUGCGCUUCUAGUCUUGACGGGGGUCUGUCUGGCUGUUCUUCUGCCGUCGGUCAUGGUCGAGGCGUCCUACGUGGUUUCCGACAAGGAGGAAGAAACCCCGGAGAUUUUCGGCAAAGGCGGCGCGAUGGCGCUUUCAUACGGGCUGUUGAACUCGGCCUUUGCAGCAGGGACAAUUGUUGGACCUUUCUUUGCCGGAUUCAUCCGUGAGAGUGCCGGCUGGGGAACGAUGGCUUGGGCGAUGGCCAUCUUAACGGGGGUGUCGUCGGUUCCAACACUAUUGUGUCUGGGAGGGUUUCAAUUGAAGAGAAAGAAGGGUAGUGGCUCACAUCCAUCACCUUAGGUGUAUUUAUUUGCAAGUAAUAUAUAUAGAAUCGUAUAGAUAAUCCCCAUUCCGAAUGGAAA